AUGGAGAAAUGGAGACAUUCUAUUUAUGAACCCCCAAGCAUAUUCUUAGAAAAAAAACGAACUGCAUAAUAUAGAAGACUUGAUCCAUUAUUUGCACCUCCAUUGACAAAGUUUGAUCAUAAGGCCUUUGACUAAUUAUUUAAAUCAUAAGCUAACUAACACUUAAGGGUCAGAAAUCUUUCAUUACAAUCUGAGAGAGUAUAAGAGACACCAAAAUAACUAGGAUUGGAGGAUAUUGUCUAUAAAUUACAAAAAAUUCGAAAACUCCGGAAUACAUGA